CCAGAGCACUUUUCCAUCAAACCACCCUUUUCAGGAUUUGCGGAGGGGCUAACUUCUCCAAAUGUUACUGCUACAGGAUCAGAGGCAGACUUAGAGAUCUGCUCGAGACUUCGAAACGUUGUUUUUUAAGCUAUCUGGACGGAUGAAGACUGAAGGAUCUAUACGGAUUUGGGCACAUAAUGUUGGGAUGGAGUUGCAAGACUUUGGCUCAAGGAAAGACUAGACUAAAUUCUUCAUUUUUUUUACCCGGUGGAUGCUCUUGUAUUCUAUAUUGGAUUAUUGUCGCUUUUGCAGAAUUCGCACUGUUUGUCUCUUGCUUCGCCCUUUGCUUCGUUUUCUUGUUUGGACUAUGGCCUCGGAUCUCAGAGUCCCAGGGGCCGGUGUUUUUGGAGUUUUACCCCCAAGUUAUACGCGUUCUCCGCCGCCAGUGAACUCAGAUGUUCUCCGGAGACCCAGUUAUUGCCACGCUGCUUUCGCAUUAAAACAGAUUUCAAAGGGGAAGGCUGUGGGUCAGAAAGCCCCGUUGUGGAUUCGGGCGCGGUUCCAGGCUCUUCUCUUUUCUUUGGGCUGUCACAUCCAGCGACAUUGUGGAAAAGUCCUUUUCAUUGGACUGCUUGUGUUCGGUGCCUUGUCUGUGGGUUUGCGGGUCGCUGCCAUUGAGACGGACAUCGAGCAACUGUGGGUGGAAGCUGGAAGCCGGGUGAGCCGGGAACUACGCUACACCAAGGAGAAGCAGGGAGAGGAAUCCGUGUUCACGUCCCAGAUGCUCAUACAAACUCCCAAACAGGAAGGCACCAACGUUCUGACCCAAGAUGCUUUACUUCUUCACAUGGAGGCAGCGCUCUCGGCCAGCAAGGUCCAGGUGUCUCUGUUUGGAAAGUCGUGGGAUCUUAAUAAAAUCUGCUACAAAUCUGGAGUUCCUAUCAUAGAAAAUGUCAUGAUCGAAAGGAUGAUUGACAAGCUGUUUCCCUGUAUGAUUGUUACACCGCUGGACUGUUUCUGGGAAGGCGCAAAGCUCCAGGGCGGGUCAGCAUACUUACCGGGGAUGCCUGACAUCCAGUGGAUGAACCUGGACCCUCUGAAGCUGAUGGAGGAGCUGAGCCAGUUCACCAGUCUGGAAGGCUUCAGGGAGAUGCUGGACAAGGCUCAGGUGGGCCACGCCUACAUGGACCGCCCCUGCCUGGACCCCAACGACCCCGACUGUCCCCACAGCGCGCCCAACAAGGACCUAGGAGAGAGUCCCGACAUUGCCGGGCGGCUCCAAGGUGGUUGCCACGGAUUCUCCAAGAAGUUCAUGCACUGGCAGGAGGAGCUGAUCCUCGGUGGUCGGAUCAAGGACACCCAGAAUGCUUUGCAGAGUGCCGAGGCUCUCCAGACCAUGUUUCUCCUCAUGAGCCCCAAGCAGCUCUACGAGCACUUUAAGGACGACUACGAGAUCCAUGACAUCAACUGGAACGAGGACAAGGCCACCGCCAUCCUGGAGUCCUGGCAGAGGAAGUUCGUUGACGUGGCUCAUGGUAGUAUCCCCCAGAACUCCACGUCGAAGAUCCACGCCUUUUCCACAACCACCCUCAACGACAUCAUGAAGUCCUUCUCCGAUGUCAGUGUUAUCCGGGUGGCUGGAGGCUACUUGCUCAUGCUGGCGUACGCCUGCGUGACCAUGCUCCGUUGGGACUGUGCCAAGUCCCAGGGAGCCGUGGGGCUGGCCGGCGUGCUCCUGGUGGCCCUGUCAGUGGCGGCUGGUCUGGGGCUGUGCUCCCUGCUGGGUCUGUCCUUCAACGCCGCCACCACACAGGUUCUUCCCUUCCUGGCUCUGGGGAUCGGUGUGGAUGACAUGUUCCUCCUGGCCCACUCAUUCACAGAGGCUGGCGUCAACAUCCCCUUUAAGGAGAGGACGGGGGACUGCCUCAGGAGGACUGGCACCAGCGUGGCGCUCACCUCCAUCAACAACAUGACGGCCUUCUUCAUGGCUGCCCUGGUUCCCAUCCCAGCACUGCGCGCCUUCUCCCUGCAGGCAGCUAUUAUUGUGGUGUUCAACUUCGCCAUGGUGCUCCUCAUCUUCCCGGCCAUCCUGAGUCUUGACCUGCAUCGCCGGGAGGACAAGCGCUUGGAUAUCCUGUGCUGCUUCUACAGCCCCUGCUCAUCCCGCGUUAUCCACAUCCAGCCGCAGGAGUUCUCCGACGCCAACGACAACGCCACCGGCCGCGCGACCGCCUCCCAGACCACCACCACCUACACAGGCUCCACCAUUACCACCAGCACCCAGAUCACCACCACCGUCCAGGCCUUCACCCAGUGCGACGCGGCGGGCCAGCACAUAGUCACCAUCCUCCCCCCGACCUCCCAGAUCUCCACCAGCCCCCCCUCCGUGGUGGUGGCCUCGUCCCCCGCUCCCCCGUCCCCCACCGACCCGUACGGCUCCCAGCUGUUCACCCCAUCCAGCUCCACCCGCGACCUCCUGGCUCAGGUGGACGAGACCAAGGAGGCCCGGGAGUGCGUCCCGCUCCCGUUCUUCCGCUGGAACCUGUCCAGCUUCGCCCGGGACAAGUAUGCGCCGCUCCUCCUGAAGCCGGAGAGCAAGGUGGUCGUGGUGGUCCUGUUCGUGUCUCUGCUGGGCCUCAGCCUGUAUGGGACGACCAUGGUCCAUGACGGCCUCUACCUGACAGACAUCGUGCCUCGCGACACCAAGGAGUAUGACUUCAUCGAUGCCCAGUUCAAGUACUUCUCCUUCUACAAUAUGUACCUGGUGACCAUGGACGGCUUCGACUACGCCCGGUCGCAGCGCCUCCUCAUCCAGCUGCACAACUCCUUCAACUCUGUCAAGUUCGUGGUGAGGGACGGCAACCAGCAGCUGCCCCGGAUGUGGUUGCACUAUUUCCAGGACUGGCUUCUGGGACUACAGGCUGCCUUUGACGCGGACUGGGAAGCAGGCCGGAUCACUCGGGACAGCUACCGCAAUGGGACCGAGGAUGGUGUUCUAGCCUACAAGCUUCUCAUCCAGACCGGCUCCAAGAAGGAACCUUUCAACUACAGCCAGCUGGCUUCACGUCGCCUGCUUGAUGAGGAUGGUCUGAUUUACCCGGAGGUCUUCUACAUCUACCUGACGGUGUGGGUGAGCAAUGACCCUCUGGGCUACGCAGCGUCACAGGCUAACUUCUACCCUCACCCCCGCGAGUGGAUCCAUGACAAGUACGACACCACUGGAGAGAACCUACGCAUCCCCGCGGCCGAGCCCCUGGAGUUUGCGCAGUUCCCUUUCUACCUGAACGGCCUGCGGCAGGCUUCCGACUUCAUCGAGGGGAUCGAGAGCGUGCGCGCCAUCUGCGAGGAGUUCACCCGGAAGGGAGUGCUCAACUACCCCAACGGGUACCCCUUCCUGUUUUGGGAGCAGUACAUCGGCCUGCGCCACUGGUUCCUCCUGGCUGUCAGUGUGGUGUUGGCGUGCACGUUCCUGGUCUGUGCCAUCCUCCUGCUCAACCCCUGGACCGCCGGCAUCAUCGUGUUCAUCCUGGCCAUGAUGACGGUGGAGUUGUUCGGUAUCAUGGGCCUGAUCGGCAUCAAGCUCAGCGCCAUCCCGGUGGUGAUCCUCAUUGCCUCAGUGGGCAUCGGCGUCGAGUUUACCGUCCACAUCGCGCUGGGCUUCCUGACGGCCAUCGGCAACAGGAACAAGCGUUCCGCGGUGGCCCUGGAGCACAUGUUCGCCCCUGUGAUUGACGGGGCCAUCUCCACUCUUCUGGGCGUGCUCAUGCUGGCCGGCUCCGAGUUCGACUUCAUCCUGAGGUACUUCUUCGCGGUGCUGGCCAUCCUGACCGUGCUGGGGAUCCUGAAUGGACUGGUGCUCCUGCCCGUGCUGCUCUCCCUCGUGGGCCCGCCACCCGAGGUCUCGCCGACCGACGACAGCAGCCACCUCGCCAGCCCGUCGCCCGAGCCCCUCCCUCCUCCCAUGACCCACCACGGUUACUACGCGGGGCAAGGCCGGCGCCGGCAGGCGUUCUCGGAGUCCUCCGACUCGGAGUACUACUCGGAGACGACCGGCACGUCGGGAAUAGGCGAGGACGACUACAAGUACUGUGACCGCAGUUCCUACAGCGCCCCUCCCACCUCCCGUAUACUGCUGGAGGCUAGCGAGAACCCCAGCUUCCCCAGGCUAACGGUGGUCAAGCCUUUCGGAGAGGGCGCCGGCAUAACCGCCCGGAGAGAACUCUUAAACGAAUCUUUGCCGAGUGCGGUGAACUCAUUCGGCUCUCGGCUGGUGUCUGACCAGGGAGCCAGGACGCAACAUUUACCCAGUGACAGGACCCAAGGUCCUGGGAGGACUAACCACUGCGCUCCCAGGUCUCAGACCAACAGAGGGCCUCAUCAGAGCAGGACUAAGGGGCCGACCUAUAGCGGUGGCGCGGCGCCCGGGAGCGCGGUCACUACAACGGUGACGGCCACAGCCUCUGUGACGGUAGCGGUCCACCCCAGUCUGCCUGGGGCUUACCAAGGCUACAUGCACGAGGGCUAUGAGGACAAUGAGUCAGACUGUUCUGAGGACACUAAGAGGACUUCACAGUGUUACGGGAAAGAGCCUCGGUCUUCCAAGCGUGAAUCCUUGGAGCUCCAAGACCUGGAAUAUGUACAGAACCAACAUCAAGGGAAACAGGCACAAGGUGGCCCACAGAUCCAGGCAGCCAAAGAUUGCUAGACACCCCGCCCUUGCGUCUGGAAUCCCUCUCUUGAUAGGCUCUCGCCUGAGCGCCCCCAAUACCCAGCCCUUUGAACUGUUCAUAGACCUCACACUGAGAAGAGGAUUUAUUUUUAAAGAUAUAAAAAAGGUUUUGUUUUAAGAAUAUAUAAAUUUAUGAGUAUAUAUUUUAAUACUAAAAAGAGGGGGGAAACUAUUUAAAGAGUACUGUAUAAGUUGGGUAUUCUCUUGUGUAAAAGUCAGAUGUAUACGAUGAUGUGGUGGGUUUCCCACUCCUUGUAUAGAUUAAGAAGAUGUGCUAUAUGUAAAAAUAUGGUCUGAAAAGUGAGAUGUUAUUAAGAUAAUAGGUUAUUGAAAAUACAAGGUCAGUGUUUUUUUUUUUGCUGCUACUCUUCAAAAAAAUUGAAAUUAUUUGCCUUGAAAAUAUGCAGUACCCCCCCUCCCCCAGCUUAUCUAAGCGGAUAAAUACAUUUCUACAUUCUAGGUUUUCUUACACUGAGGUUGGAGGACGUCUUAUUAAUUAAGCUCUGUAAGACACAAACGAACAUCCACACUGUGAUCCAUUCUGAUAAUCCAUCAUUGGUCAUUCAUUGCACUGUACAAAAACAAAAAAGCUCAGUAAAUCUUCUUCUUCUAAAAGUAACAACCUUUGUGCCUUCACAACACCUUCCCUCUUGAAAUUCAUGAGCACAGAAUAUGUAUUUUAAGUUGGAUGUAAAUAUGAUAUCCGCCCUGUUUAUUUUAGGGCAUUUUUACAGUUGAGUGUUUAGAAACCCCUGGUAUGUAAAAGACAUGUCUUCAUUCACAAUUAUACAAUCCACCCUGUUGCUUUCUUCCAUAAUACACAGGCUGUUUUUCAAGAACAAUAUGUGUGAUUAGACUGGAUGUUAAUAUAUUACUAUGUACUGUAUUUGUCCGCAUCCACAACCUGCAGCACUGACGUGUGUCUGGGUACUGUCAGCAUCUUGACCUGAUGUCCCUUUGGGUUGGAGAUUCUUGAGCGUCGUUCGUUGUGUUCUUUGUCUGGUUGUUAUAUGUUUUAUUACUUGAAGGAGCUGUGACAAGGCUUUCAUUUCUACCCUGAGUUUAUCUAAGCUGUACAUUGGGUGAGGUCAACAUUGUCUUCUUCCGUUGUCCUCAACUGGGGACUCUGAGGUUCGUUUCUGACAAAUGUUUGGUGUUUGCCCAAUUUCAUUUUGAAAGGGAAUUUUAAUCCAAUGCAAAGGGAGGUCUGUGUUUUCUUUUACAUUUGUCUAAAGGGUUGUGGUAGAGAUGAUUUCAACCCUGUGCAAUUUAUGACUAGAUAGUGCAUUUUGAGCUGGACAACUCCUCCAGGAACCAGUUUCAUGGAGAAAAUGUGUGCUCAAGUGCAGUAACAUGCUCUUCUCUCUGCCUCUCUCUGUAGUCAUUGUAGGCAUCAAGCAAGCCAGCAUUUCCGUGAUUUUGUUUCCAUUUCAUUCUUAUCGUUUUUAGUGUGGACGGAGUUCAGUCGUUCAGUAUUGGUCACAUCACUGCCAAUUUUAAUGCAGGGAAAUGCAAUAGAUUGAAGCGGCAGCCUGGGUUUCUUCUGUAGAUAAGCCUUAUGAAAGAACAAGUAGCUACUGUGCAUUCUGGAAGUAAACAAAAAGGAAUAAGAGAACAACUUUAAUUCACUGCUUCAAUACAGAUAUACACAAGUGUCUAAGUUAUAGGAGCUCUAGAAUGGGGUGGGGGGGGGGUGUUCUGCAUAGGGUUAUAGUUUUAUUUCAAAUGUAUGUCAUGCCAUAUAAAUUAUUUAUAUUAAAUUUUUAUUUUUGUAGUUUGUACAGAUGUUAGUCGCUAGACUGAAGUUCUAUUUUUAAAGAGUAAAUAUAUAUUAUAUAUAAUUAUAUCUAUUGUUGCAGAGUUUUGUUUUUGUUUGAUGUUGUUUUUGGGGAGGGGUGGGAGAGGAGGGGGCUGCAGGUGUGGGAGGGAGGGGUCCACAGUGAGUAGAGGGUUUCAGAAAGACCCUACAUUUUAGUUUUUUGGAGAAAGGUGCACUUGGAAAAUGAAGGAGAGGUGUGGCAGACACUGUCCACCAUGUUAUGUUUCCUUGCCUUUCCUUCUUCAUGUGAUGAUUUGAAGUGUUACUCUUUCUGUCGACUUCCGAAAACUACGCUCGAGAAAACCCUUGUGUGACCAUUAUUUUCCCUCACCUUCUAUAGAAAUUUAACUAACAAAAUAAAUU